AGUUGGAAGAACCAAUAUAGCCCAACAUAAAAUUGAUACAAGAAAUGCCGAUCCAAUUAGAAAAAAUUAUUAUCGAAUGACAAAGGAAGAACAGGAAUUUAUCGAUGGAGAAAUUAAGAAGAUGCUAUGUGAAGGAAUCAUUCAAGCAUCUGAUAGUCCAUGGGCAUCACCUGCAAUUCUU